GCUAGUUUAGCCGGGGGGACGGGGUUACGCGGCCCCCAGAGCUCUGUGACGUCAGAGUCGCCAUCAGCAGGUCGGGAAAGAUGGCGGCGGAGGAGAGCAGGUUGAAGCAGCGGAAUCACAACAGCAGCAUCUUCACGGAAGGUAGUUACGGUUUUAAAUCAGAGAAAUCCCAGAUGAGGCGUGAAGAGGAGGAUGACAACCUGCUGGAGGAGGAGGAGGAGGGCGUGGCCCGGCCGGUGCAGAUUGUGGUGUCGGACGAGGAGGAACACUCGUUCUGGCUGCAGGAGGACGUGCUAGAGCGGCUGCUGCUGCAGGAGGAGGUGCAGGACCUCCAUGUGGUGGUCGUCUCCGUGGCCGGAGCUUUCCGCAAGGGCAAGUCCUUCCUGCUGGACUUCAUGCUGCGCUACAUGUACAAACAGUCUGAUUCAUGGAUUGGCGGUGAGGAGGAACCUCUGACCGGCUUCACCUGGCGAGGCGGCUGUGAGAGGGAGACCACAGGCAUCCUGGCCUGGAGCGAGGUGUUUGUGGUGAAUAAACCCGACGGAAGCAAGGUUGCAGUUCUUCUAAUCGACACACAGGGGGCGUUUGACAGCCAGUCCACCAUCAAAGACUGUGCCACGCUGUUUGCCCUGAGCACCAUGACCAGCUCUGUCCAGGUGUACAAUCUGUCCCAGAACGUCCAGGAAGAUGAUCUCCAGCACCUCCAGCUCUUCACUGAGUACGGACGCCUUGCCAUGGAGGAAGUCUAUGAGAAACCCUUCCAGACUCUGAUGUUUCUGAUCAGAGACUGGAGUUACCCCUAUGAACAUUCAUACGGUCUGGAGGGGGGGCAGAGCUUCUUGGAAAAACGACUACAAGUAAAGCAGAACCAGCAUGAGGAGCUGCAGAACGUCAGGAAACACAUUCACUCCUGCUUCUCCAACAUCAGCUGCUUUCUGCUGCCGCACCCCGGUCUCAAGGUGGCCACAAACCCUCACUUUGACGGCCGGCUCAGAGAUAUCGAUGAGGAGUUUAAGACGGAGCUGGUGAACCUCGUCCCGACACUGCUCUCUCCAGAAAACCUGGUGGAAAAAGAGAUCGGAGGAGUGAAGAUCACCUGCAGAGACCUGCUGCACUACUUCAAAGCCUACAUGAAGAUCUACCAGGGAGAGGAGCUUCCUCACCCCAAGUCCAUGCUUCAGGCAACGGCUGAAGCAAACAACCUUGCAGCUGUAGCAGGAGCCAAAGAGGCGUACAACAAGAGCAUGGAGCAGGUCUGCGGAGGAGACAAACCGUACAUUUCCCCGGCGGAGCUGGAGCAUCGCCACGCCGAGCUGCGGCAGGCGUCGGUGCGACACUUCCGCUCCGUCAAGAAGAUGGGAGGCGAGGAUUUCUGCCGGCGCUACCAGGAGCAGCUGGAGGCGGAGCUGGACGAGGCCUACGUCAACUUCAGCAAGCACAACGACGGCAAGAACAUCUUCUACGCCGCGAGGACGCCCGCCACGCUCUUCGCCGUCAUGUUCGUCAUGUACGUGGUGUCGCUGGUCACCGGCUUCGUGGGCAUCAGUUCCGUGGCCACGCUGUGUAACCUGGUGAUGGGGGCGGCGCUGACGGCGCUCUGCGUCUGGGCUUACGUCAAAUACUCCGGGGAGUUCCGUGAGGUGGGAGGCUUCAUAGACCAGGUGGCCGAGACCCUCUGGGAACAGAGGACCCCACGAAAGGUUUUCUCCAAACUCUUCGAGGUGGCCCGGAGUCGAGUCCCUUUGGGAAGCCUCAUCCCGGUACCACGGCCCCGACUCGCCUCCAACAACAACGUGAAGAAGAAAAACUAGCGGCACUCCCGUCACAUUUCCUCCCCCUCACCUCCACCUUCUUUUCCAACAACAGUUUAUGACGCAUACAUGAGUUUUUUCCGACUGUAGACGACGGUUCCUCGCCAUGCCGGCUCUAGGUUUAAGGACUCGCUGUAGAUCUGGAUGAAGCAGUUAUUUUAAUAAGUGUCACUGGGUGGGGUUUUGGUAUUUAUUGGUGGGCGGGGCCAUUGUUCACAACGUGUCAUCCAGGUGUUUGUUUUCACUGGUCGGAUGAGAACUCCACGCUAAUGAUUCCCGUUUAUGUGAAUGUAUGAAGAGCAUGACCACAGACCCUUCUCACCCUCCUCAUGGUUCCCCUUCCUCUCCUUCUUCCUCUCGUCUUCAUCAGGCUUGUUUCUGUCGCUGGGCGGCAUCGUGAGGAGGAGGCGCAACCAAAGUUUACAGCUUUACACGUAGAGGCUCAAACAGCGUCAGGAAGGCUUUUUAGGACGCCACCGAAAGUUUGCAGUUCUUUCUGCUUACCCAGAGUCAGAAAAAGUGGAUAAAAACUACUUAAAUGUCCUUUUAAUUGACCUGGAAUCUGUCACAGAUAGACUAACAGUCAACCACUGAGCUCCUCAUGGAGCUUUGGACGGUUUCUUAGGACUUGGUCAGGAAAAGGACUUGGGUUAGUUGUCAGAACAGGACUUAGUUAAUGUGGGAAACAUUCAGAACUCUGGUAGGUGUUCCACUGAUCUUGUGAGAAUCAAACUUUACUGGAAAAAGGCUUCAUAGCAAAGAUCAGAGAUCCCCAAGAGUCACUGUGUUACCUUCCAGUCUGCUUUAGUUCUAUCUGAUACAAACAGGUAAGAUGCUUUUCCACCAGCGCAGACUCGACUCGGUUUAGGUGCUUUUCCAUUCCACUGAGUUCCACCUCAUGGUGGGUGGAGUCGUCAUAGCACGGCGGCCCAGAAGUCCUUUAACAUCGUUUGUGUGCGACACAAACGCAACACAACAAUGGAGGACAUGGAGGACAUGGUACACCUGCUGCUCCGUCUGUGGCUUUCUGUCAGAUUCAGGUGAAAGAAGAUCAGUUCGCACCGUCACUGUUGCCAGUUUUUUUUUUUAAAUGUCGGGUUUGGUUUUGGUGAAGGAGUCGCUCUGGUGUGUCAUCACUCCCUGUCCAAUCAGAGGCCUGCACUCUGUAGACGUCACAUUAUCGGCUCCAAUCAGCUCUCUGGGAACCCCGGCCCAGUAGGAACUAAAACAGUAGCUGGUACCAGGAACUACGUCCUGAUGGAAAACCUCACAAACCCUGUAGAGUCCAGUAGCUGCUGGUGGAAAAGCUCCAUUAGUGAGUUGGUCCAUUGCAGAUACUACAGAUUCUGAAGCUCAUGGUUUCACAUCAGGGCUGCAGCAAGUGAUUAUUUUCACUCUGUGGUGUUUAUUUUUAUUAAUCUUUCCUGCAAAAUGUCAAAAAAAAUUGUAAGAAAACCUAGUAGUCUCCUGGCUAAAGGCACAGACCAAACUGAUGCGUUUUUAGCACCAAAUCAUCUGAUUUAAGAAGGUCAAAAGAGACUCUGCUUGGUCAUUUUAUGACAGAAAUGAUCCAUUUAUUAUCAGAAUCAUGUGAUCACUACAAGCCUCUAUGAGUUCAUGUGACUCUGGGAAAGUAGAAGAAGCUGAGCGUCCCUAAAGCCAGCUGACGGAUGAAGAACGUCUGCUGUUGGUCGUUCUUUUAGAGCACUUUGAUUGUUUUCUUGUUUUGAAAUGAUCAUGAUUCACUCUGAACACCAGAUGUUCAGACGCACUCAGAAAUCAUGGUUUUCAUACAGAGCUGUGAUCAGAAGUCCUGAUGAGCUAAAGUUUAUCUCCAGCUCUGUUCUCGACUGACUGCUGAUGUUUAGCAGAAUGGUCGUGAAGUCUUACGGUUAUUCGAAGCAUUUCUGUAGACGUUGGUCCUCCUGAACCAACUUCCAUUGUUUUUUUGAGAGCAAAGCUUUUUAACCCUCGUGUCGUCGAAAAUUGACCCGUUUUAAAGUCUGAAAAUGUGGAAAAAAUAACUUCUGAUGUCCACAUUUUCAACACUUUUGGGAAAUUUUUCAACGAUUUUUGGUGGAAAAAAGAAACAUGGAAGAAAAAUGUUUCUUUAACCCUCCUGUUGUCCUCAUUUACAGGCACCAAAAAGUAUAGUUUCCUUGUCUGAAAAGAAAUCCAAAAACACAGCAAAAAAAUUCCCAAAAUUUCUAAAAAUUUGCAAAACCUUCAGGAAGAAAACUCCAAUAAUUCCUUAAAUGUUUCCCUUAUAAGUUUUAUUUUGAAAAAUCAACCAAAUUUGGCAAGAAAACUCUUGUAAAUAUUCUCAAAAAAUUAGUAAAAAUCUUCCAAAAAUCCUAAAAAAUAUCUAAAGUGAUUCCAUAUAUAUUUAUCAGUAAAACUUCUAAUAUUUUCUUUAAAAACAUUCCCCCAAAAAAUCAACCAAAAUCCAGCAAAAUUCAAUUUUUGAGAAUAUAUAAGAAUUUUCUUGCCAAAUUUGGAGGAUUUUUUUUUUAAAUAAAACUUUUAAGGAAUUAUUGUAUUUUUCAUCCUGAAGGUUUUGCAAAUUCUCAGAAAUUUGGGGAAUUUUUUUUUGCAGAAUUUUUGGAUUUUUGUUUGGACACGGAAACCUUUUUUGGUGCCGGAAAUAAGGACAACAGGAGGGUUAACUUUCCUCCUCCGGUUCAGUUGAUCGUUUUAAUUCCGUCUUUUAACUCCAGUUUCAUUCCCUCUCUGUCGUUCCUCCCGUUUUUAAAGCACUACAAGCCGUUUAGUCGAACACUAAGAACACGUUUUCGGGGUCGGUGUUUCCGUUGUCGAAUCGGACGACAGAUGAGUUCAUUCCAAACCUGAAUCCGAUCGAACAGCGUUUUCCUGAAUCGUUUUAAUCAUCAUUCCAUCCACAGCAUCACCAACGUGUGCUUUUCUGUUUUGUACAGUUCCGUUUUUUUACAUCCACACAUAGGGCAUGUGUAUGAAAUCUAUACAUAUAUAAAUAUAAAUUUUCUAGACCUUUUUGUAGCUGGAGGACAACAGUUUGGGCGGUAGACCAGAUUCAGCUCACUGGAUGUAAAGGAAUGCUUUCGUGAUUUGUGGAUAUGUCGAAUAAAUUCCUUUUUUAUAUAUAUAUUUGUAAAUUUAAUCUUACAUGAGCACUGCGAUUCCACCCCCCUGCUGGCAAAGAAUGUUUAUAAUCUGGAUUUUUUUUGUCUUCUGUUGCAUUUUAAACUUAUUUUCGUUAAUUUAUUUUUCAAUACAAUAUUAAACCAAACUCCUACAACACACAAA